AUGCCAGUUGAUAAUUAUAACGAUGACAAAAGCUACAGACCGGUGCUACGACCUCGUACACAGACGUUCGUCAAUCUGUCCAGCAAAUACUCUACCCUCCCGGAUUCGUCUUCAUACUCGACUUCAUCUUUCAUCUCUCCGUACAAGCGAGAAGGCUCCGGUAAUGGUCGCAUUACCACCGCGUACGCAAUACGAGUCACGGCUGUCAAUAACCACAGAGACGGAUUGCUACGCACGCAUAUUAUGGAUGAAAAGGAUAACAAUAACGCGGCUUCUGUCCGGGUUGUGACAAUAAAAAAACCACAGGUCGUUGACAAGCCUCUUCCCGUGACACCGGUCGCGACGCCGGUUAAUGUGAUAGAAGAAAAGACGCGAGACCCGAGUCACCCAAGACCUGACGACAAGAGGGAGUCGAGAGUCAAACCCAUACUCCGCGAGACUUGCAGUAGUAAAAUGCCAUUGCCAGGCAUUGUCGAGCAGGCUGGGGAGCUCGAUGUGUUGGACAUUGAAGGGAACCCGGUCCCGUUUCGAAAUCUGUACUUGCCCUCCCCUGACCUGACAGAGAAAGCAAGGCAAGAAAAACCCAUGGUCAUCUUCAUUCGGCCUUCCUUCUGCUCUAGACUACGUCGAGGCUUCGUCAAGACUUUCCUGUCAUCGCUGAAAGGCACUGCUGCUACUCUCCCGAAAAACAGCAGAUUGACCGUAGUCUGGUGUGGCAGCUAUGUCCGGCUUAGGAGGUUAAUAGAAUCGACACAGUGCUCGUUUCCGAUUUACGCGGACCCGAAUGGCCGGAUAUAUCAGCUGCUUGAAAAGACAUGCACAGCAACUGGCGGAGAGUCAUAUCGUGCAGCCGCGCAGCAGCAACAACAGCAGCAGCAUGCUUCUGUUUCCUCAUACUUACCAACAGCAGCAUUGACCAACCUGGUUCAGGCGGCUCGGUUGAUUGGGGAAGGCAAUCCUCUGAGUUCUAGAGACACGAGACAUCACGUCGGAGCGGCCUUUCUCUUUGAGACCAGCGAGACAGUCAGAAUCACCUGGUCGUAUCGUAUAGCAAAUGAUUCGGCUCAUGCAGAAGCGGAUGUCAUAAGGCGAGUGCUGGGAGGCAAAGGUGUCCGAGAAGAGAAACAAGCAAAAUUAUCCACGAAAAGCUCCGGGGGGAGUGAAAGCACAUUCAAUUGCAUAUAUGGACUGCCGAAAGCGAGAAGUUCUCAUCGCUGGACGGUCUCCUGCACAGAAGGCGCCGAGACGUGGCGACCGCGGAUUCUGUGCCUGGCCUAUUAA